AUGGAUAUCCCACCGCACAUUAUUCGAUGGUCUGCAUCUUUCCUGAAAGGAUGCCAAGCCAAAGUACGCGUCAACAGUAAAUCCUCUCCUUUAAUGCUUUUCCACCGUGGCGUGCCACAAGGAACAGUCCUCGGCCCACUUAUGUUCAUUAUCGUCAUGAACACACUAAGCAAACGAUUAUCCCAAGUUCCCUUAUUAUUUCAUGGAUUUUUCGCCGAUGAUCUCACGCUAGCAGUACGACACGUCAACAGAGACAUCAUAAACAGUACGCUGCAACAAGGAAUAAACACAGUGGACGAAUAG